AUGACCGCGUCAGCCACCGCCGCGCCAGGACCCCCCGCGGACCCCUCCAUGCUCGGCAGGCUCGGCGGUUUGCUGAUGGGCCUCACCUCCGGGGUGGCCAAGGCGGCCGCGAUCGGGUACGUGGGAGUGUGCGCGCUCGCGUUCGCGUUCCAGCGCAAGCUGCAGUACUUCCCGACGACGGAGCAUCCCCCGGCGGUCGCCACGUUGCCCCCCGCGUACGGGGACAUCGAGGAGUUCACCGUGCGCACCGAGGACGGCGUCACCAUCCGCGGGUACCACCUCCCGGUUCCCACGAUGAACAUCGCGCACACCAAGCACCCGAAGAUUCACCUCCUCCAGCUCCACGGCAACGCCGGCUCGCGGUACCACCGCAUCCCGUGGGCGCACUACACGAGGGUUCGGCUGGGAUGCGCGGUGACCCUGCUGGACUACCGCGGGUACGGCGGGAGCGAGGGUAAGGUGACCGAAGCGGGCAUGAUCCUCGACGGCAAGGCGGGGAUCCAGUGGGCCGCCACUCGCGCCAACGAGACCGGCAGCAAGCUCGUGCUGCACCUUGAAUCCAUCGGGUCCGCCGCGGGCAUCUGCGCGGCGGCGGCGCUGCGGAGGGACGCGCGCGGCGGGGACAUCGGCGUGGCGGGGAUCGUCGCCGAGGGCGGCCUGUCGUCGUGCAUCGAGAUUGCCGAGAAGGUGUUCUCGUUCCUUCCGGUGAGGCUGAUGAUGAAGGACAAGUGGGACGGCGUCUGCGGCGCGGCGGCGUCGCUGGACCCGGCGAUGCCGUUCAUGUCGAUGCACGGCACGAGGGAUGAGAUCGUGCCGUUUUGGUGCGGCAAGAAGCUGUUCGAGUCGAGCAGCUCGACGAGGAAGGUGCUGAAGGAGUUCAAACGGGGCGGGCACAACAACCUGGCGGACCAGACGGGGUACAUCGAGGCCCUCGACGAGUUUUACACGACUGUGGAGUCGCUCUAAAUCGUAACAUCCGCCCCUUGACG